AAUUCCAUGUCUCCGUAUUCAGCCCAACGCCAAUACUGAUGCGCAGGCGCAACGGCAGAUUGUAGAGAAGGAUUCAAACUUCCGGUGGUGUGUCAUGGCGGCGUGGUGGAGUAUGCUUGAAGAGAAAAACUGAACCCUGUUCCCUCUCUUUUCCUCCUGUAAAGAUUUGGAGUGCUUCGCGCUGUUUCGUGCAUUAAACGCAGCCGUUCUGUUGGGCUUUUUGUAUUCAAACAGCCAGCGCUGCCGUUGGCACCCGCUUGAGAAUGGCGGCUCACAAGCCCGUGGAGUGGGUCCAGGCCGUGAUUAACAGAUUCGACGAGCAGCUUCCCAUUAGGACUGGGCACCAGAACACGCACACCAAAGUAAGCACAGAGCACAACAAGGAGUGUCUGAUCAACAUUUCCAAAUAUAAGUUUUCCCUCGUCAUCAAUGGCUUGACCAACAUCCUCAAAAAUGUUAACAACAUGCGGAUAUUUGGGGAAGCUGCCGAAAAGAACCUGUACCUCUCCCAGCUCAUCAUCCUGGACACCCUGGAGAAGUGUUUGGCGGGGCAAACCAAGGACUGCCUGCGGCUGGAUGAGGCCAUGCUGGUGAAGCAGUUGCUACCAGAGAUCUGCCACUUCUUGCACUCAUGUCGGGAGGGCCAGCAGCAUGCUGCCCAGCUGAGAAACUCCGCCUCUGCCGUGCUGUUCUCUCUGAGCUGCAACAAUUUCAGCGCUGUCUUCAGCCGCAUCUCCACCCGGUUACAGGAGCUCACAGUGUGCACAGAGGACACAGUAGAUGUUCAUGACAUAGAACUCAUUCAAUACAUCAAUGUUGACUGCUCCAAGCUCAAGAGAUUACUACAAGAAACUGUGCUGAAAUUUAAAGCACUGAAGAAGCCAGCUCAGCUUGCCGUUAUAAACAGUUUGGAAAAGGCUUUCUGGAACUGGGUGGAGUUCUACCCUGAUGAAUUUACCAUGCUUUACCAGAGACCACAGGCAGACAUGGCAGACUGUGCGGAGAAGCUGUUCGACCUGGUGGACAGUUUCGCGGAGAGCGCCAAGAGGAAGGCUGCUGCGUGGCCGCUACAAAUCAUCCUCCUCAUCCUCUGCCCUGAGAUCACGCAGAGCAUCUCCAAAGAGGUGGUAGAGGAGAGCAAGGCCAACAAGAAGCUGUUCCUGGAGAGUCUGCGGAAGGCCUUGGCAGGCCACGGCAGUAGCAAGCAGCUGACAGAGAGUGCAGCCAUCGCCUGUGUGAAACUCUGCAAAGCCUCCACCUACAUUAACUGGGAGGAUCAUUCAGUCAUCUUCCUCCUUGUGCAGAAAAUUGUAAUGGACCUCAAAGCUCUCCUCUUCAAUCCCACAAAGCCGUUCUCGCGGGGUACAGGGUGCCAGAGCGCCGACGUGGACUUGAUGAUUGACUGUUUCGUGUCCUGCUUCCGUAUCUACCCCCACAACAACCAGCAAUUCAAGGUCUGUCUGGCCUCUACAUCUCCACCCACCUUCCAUUAUGUCCUGGUCAACUCUCUGCACAAAAUCAUCAUUAAUUCUCACCUGGACUGGUGGCCAAAGAUCGACGCCAUCUACUGCUACUCUGGGGAACUGCGCGCCAUGUUUGCAGAGACCCAGAGCAGGGUAAUCCAGAGCUUGAGUGCCCACACCCCCCUGAAGAUGACGUCGAGUUUGACAUUUAAGGACAGGAUGACCACUAGUCUGAAGCUUAAAGAGAAGUCUGCAGAUCUGGACUCUCGCUCUCACCUGCUGGCCUUGGUCAAACUCAUCCAUGCUGACCCUAAGCUGAUGCUGCAUAAUCCUGGGAAACGGGGUCAGGAGAUCCAGAACAGCACGGCUGAACUCAUCAAAGGCCUGGUCCAGCUCGUCCCCCUGACCCACACUGCAGAGCUCUCGCAGGAGGCCAUGGAGGCACUUCUGGUGCUGCACCAGCCUGAGACCAUCGAGCUGUGGAACCCCGCCUCGCCCAUCGAGACCUUCUGGGACAUCAGCUCUCAGGUCCUGUUCCUCAUCUGUAAGGAGCUGAUCGGCCACAAGGUGAUCAAUAGCACAGAGAUCUUGAAGUGGUUGAGGGAGAUUCUCAUCUGCAGGAACAAGUUCCUUCUGAAGAACAAGGAGUGCGCCACACAGGGCAGCCUGAUCCCCAUCAGCAGACAGGCGCAGACCAAGCUGGAGGUGUGCCUCCACGCCUUCCUGUGGAGCCCUGAUGCCGAGGCCGUGCUGGUGGCUAUGUCCUGCUUCCGGCAUGUGUGCGAGGAGGCGGACAUCCGCUGCAGCGUGGACGAGCUGCCUGUGCAUGCAGUCCUACCCAACUACAACACCUUCAUGGAGUUCGCCUCCGUCAGCAACAUGAUGGCCACAGGUCGCUGUACUCUACAGAAGAGAGUGAUGGCUCUGCUAAGGCGGAUAGAGCAUCCUACAGCAGGAAACACAGAGGCUUGGGAGGACACGCAUGUGAAAUGGGAGCAAGCAACAAAACAAAUGCUAAACCACACAAAGAACAAAGUUGAAGAUGGCCAGGUGAGUGAUGCAGCUCUUUUUUUUAAACCCGUGUGUGUGUUUUCCUCCCCAAAAUCUUUCAAACCCCCCCCCCCCCCCAUGGUUACCUGUUGCCCAACAUGUCUCCCGCCCCAGGAGUGGAUAAACAUGACUGGCUUCCUAUGUGCGCUGGGUGGCGUGUGUCUACAACAGCGCAGCACACCCAGCCUGGGCACCUACAGCCCGCCCAUGGGCGCCCUUAGCGAUCGCAAGGACUCCACCAUCUCUGUCGGCUCGUGCGAGGUGAACAACGAGACACCGCUCGGCCGCUUCCUGGAACGCCUGCUAACCCUCAUGGUGUGCACGCACGAGAAGGUGGGCAUGCAGAUUCGCACCAAUGUCAAGGACCUGGUGGGCCUGGAGCUGAGCCCUGCCCUCUAUCCCAUGCUCUUCACCAAGCUACGCAACAGCAUCGGCCGCUUCUUCGACACCCAGGGGCCGGUGCCCAUCACAGACACUAACACGCUCUUUGUGGAGCAGACCAUUGCCAUCAUGAAGAACCUGCUGGACAGCCACACGGAGGGAAGCUCUGAGCACCUCGGACAAGCCAGCAUCGAGAACAUGAUGCUCAACCUAGUCAGGUAUGUGCGUAUUUUGGGGAACGGUGUCCAUGCAAUCCAGAUUAAGACAAAGCUCUGCCAGCUGGUGGAGGUGAUGAUGGAGCGCAGAGACGACCUGUCCUUCUGCCAGGAGAUGAAGUUCAGGAAUAAAAUGGUGGAUUAUCUGACUGACUGGGUAAUGGGGACCUCCAAUCAAGCAGCAGAUGACGAUGUUAAAUAUCUCACACGGGACCUAGACCAGGCAAGCAUGGAAGCGGUGGUGUCUCUGCUGGCUGGCCUGCCCCUUCAGCCGGAAGAGGGUGACGGAGUGGAGCUGAUGGAGGCAAAGUCGCAGCUUUUCCUGAAGUACUUCACGCUGUUCAUGAACCUGCUGAACGACUGCAGCGAGGCGGAGGAGGACGGACAGCAGGUGGGUGAGCGUAAGCGGGGCAUGUCGCGCCGCCUCGCCUCCCUGCGCCACUGCACCGUGCUCGCCAUGUCCAACCUGCUGAAUGCCAACGUAGACAGCGGCCUCAUGCACUCCAUCGGGCUGGGAUACCAUAAGGACCUGCAGACAAGGGCCACCUUUAUGGAAGUGCUGACCAAGAUCCUGCAGCAGGGCACAGAGUUCGACACCCUGGCCGAGACGGUUCUGGCUGACCGCUUCGAGAGGCUGGUAGAGCUCGUCACCAUGAUGGGUGACCAGGGAGAGCUGCCCAUCGCCAUGGCACUGGCCAAUGUGGUGCCCUGCUCCCAUUGGGAUGAGCUGGCCAGGGUGCUGGUCACACUGUUUGACUCCAGGCAUCUGCUCUACCAACUACUAUGGAACAUGUUCUCCAAAGAGGUGGAGUUGGCAGACUCGAUGCAGACCCUAUUCAGAGGCAACAGUCUGGCGAGCAAGAUCAUGACCUUCUGUUUUAAGGUGUAUGGUGCUGCCUAUCUCCAGAAGCUUCUUGAGCCACUCUUGCGAGGGGUCAUCACCACUCCUGAUUGGCAGCAUAUCAGUUUCGAGGUGGACCCCACCAGGCUGGAGCCCUCCGAGAACCUAGAGGAGAACCAGAGGAACCUGCUGCAGAUCACGGACCGCUUCUUCCUGGCCAUCAUCAGCUCCUCCAGUGAAUUUCCCCCGCAGCUGCGCAGUGUUUGCCACUGCCUGUAUCAGGCUACGUGCCACUCCCUACUGAAUAAAGCCACUGUUAAAGACAAAAAGGAAAACAAAAAAGCCGUGGUGAGCCAGCGCUUCCCCCAGAACAGCAUCGGCGCCGUGGGCAGCGCCAUGUUCCUGCGCUUCAUCAACCCGGCCAUCGUGUCGCCGUACGAGGCAGGCAUCCUGGACAAGAAGCCCCCUCCUCGCAUCGAACGCGGCCUCAAACUCAUGUCCAAGAUUCUCCAGAGUAUUGCCAAUCAUGUACUCUUUACUAAGGAGGAGCACAUGAGGCCUUUUAAUGAUUUUGUGAAAAGCAACUUUGAUGCCGCAAGGAGAUUCUUCCUGGACAUCGCGUCUGAUUCACCGCCCAGCGAUUCGGUCAACCACAGCUUGUCCUUCAUCAGUGAUGGCAACGUGCUAGCUCUGCACCGCCUGCUGUGGAACAACCAGGAGCGCAUCGGCCUUUACCUCUCUGGCAACAGGGACCACAAAGCUGUUGGUAGGAGACCAUUUGAUAAGAUGGCUACCCUGCUGGCCUACCUUGGACCACCUGAACACAAACCUGUAGCUGACACUCACUGGUCAAGUCACAACCUCACCAGCUCGAAGUUUGAGGAGUUCAUGACCAGGCACCAAGUCCAUGAAAAAGAGGAAUUUAAAGCUCUAAAGACGCUGAACAUCUUUUACCAGGCAGGAACGUCUAAGAAUGGGAAUCCUGUCUUCUAUUACAUAGCUCGCAGAUUUAAAACAGGACAGAUCAGUGGAGACCUUCUCAUCUACCAUGUGUUACUGACCCUCAAACCAUACUAUGCCAAACACUAUGAAAUAGUAGUGGACCUCACACAUGUUGGACCUAGCAACCGCUUCAAAACAGACUUUCUCUCCAAGUGGUUUGUGGUUUUUCCAAAUUUCGCCUAUGAGAAUGUGGCUGCAGUCUUCAUCUACAACUGCAACACCUGGGUGCGGGAAUACACCAAAUACCAUGAACGUCUGCUAACUGGACUCAAGGGGAGUAAGAAGCUGGUAUUCAUCGACUCGCCAGCACGUCUCGCUGAACAUGUGGAGCCCGAGCAGCAGAAGCUUCCUGCAGCAACCCUGACCCUGGAGGAGGACCUCAAAGUUUUCCAUACUGCACUGAAGCUGGCGCACAAGGACACCAAAGUGUCCAUCAAGGUGGGCUCCACAGCUGUGCAGGUGACAUCUGCUGACCGCACCCGCGUCCUGGGCCAGUCUGUUUUCCUCAACGACAUCUACUACGCAUCUGAGAUUGAGGAGAUCUGCCUCGUGGAUGAGAACCAGUUUACGCUGACCAUCGCCAACCAGGGCACACCCCUCACCUUCAUGCACCAGGAGUGUGACGCCAUAGUGCAGUCCAUCAUCCACAUCCGCACGCGCUGGGAGCUCUCGCAGCCCGACUCCAUCCCCCAGCACACUAAGAUCAGGCCCAAAGACGUGCCCGGCACCCUGCUCAACAUCGCCCUCCUCAACCUGGGCAGCUCUGACCCCAGCCUGAGGUCUGCCGCAUACAACCUGCUGUGCGCCUUAACUUGCACCUUUAACCUCAAGAUUGAAGGACAGCUCCUUGAGACAUCUGGUUUAUGCAUCCCUGCCAACAACACACUGUUUAUCGUGUCCAUCAGUAAGACUCUAGCAGCCAAUGAACCCCAUCUCACCCUGGAGUUUCUGGAAGAAUGCAUCUCUGGAUUCAGCAAGUCAAGUAUCGAACUGAAGCACCUGUGUCUGGAAUACAUGACCCCUUGGCUGCGAAACCUAGUGCGCUUCUGCAAGCACAACGAUGAUGCCAAGCGUCAGCGCGUCACUGCCAUUUUGGACAAGCUCAUCACCAUGACGAUCAAUGAGAAGCAGAUGUACCCCUCCAUCCAGGCCAAGAUCUGGGGCAGCCUAGGCCAGAUAUCAGACCUGCUCGACGUGGUGCUGGAUAGCUUCAUAAAGACCAGUGCUACUGGGGGCCUAGGAUCUAUUAAAGCUGAAGUAAUGGCUGAUACUGCAGUUGCUCUUGCCUCAGGAAAUGUUAAAUUGGUGUCAAGUAAGGUGAUUGGCCGCAUGUGCAAGAUCAUCGACAAGACGUGCCUGUCGCCCACACCCACGCUGGAGCAGCACCUCAUGUGGGAUGACAUCGCCAUCCUGGCACGCUACAUGCUCAUGCUGUCCUUCAACAACUCGCUGGACGUGGCCACACACCUGCCCUACCUCUUCCACGUAGUCACGCUGCUGGUGGCGACGGGGCCGCUGUCCCUGCGAGCCUCCACCCACGGCCUCGUCAUUAAUAUCAUCCACUCGCUCUGCACCUGCUCGCAGCUCAACUUCAGCGAGGAGACGAAGCAGGUGUUGCGGCUGAGCCUGACCGAGUUCUCCCUGCCCAAGUUCUACCUGCUCUUCGGCAUCAGCAAGGUGAAGUCGGCCGCCGUCAUCGCCUUCCGCUCCAGCUACCGAGACCGCUCCUUCUCGCCGGGCUCCUACGAGAGGGAGACGUUCGCCCUCUCCUCCCUGGAGACGGUCACGGAAGCCCUGCUGGAGAUCAUGGAGGCUUGUAUGAGAGACAUUCCUGCAUGCAAGUGGCUGGACCAGUGGACAGAGUUGGCUCAGAAGUUUGCGUUCCAGUAUAAUCCAUCCCUUCAGCCACGGGCGCUGGUGGUGUUUGGCUGCAUCAGUAAGCGCAUCACGCACGGCCAAAUCAAACAGAUCAUCCGGAUUCUCAGCAAAGCCAGUCCCCUGCUCAGCAUCGACCGGGGCCUGGAGAGCUGCUUAAAGGGGCCAGAUAACUACAAUAGCCAGGUCCUCAUCGAGGCCACAGUCAUCGCACUCACCAAGCUGCAGCCCCUCCUCAGACAGGACUCUCCAAUGCACAAGGCCCUGUUCUGGGUGGCAGUGGCAGUGCUGCAGCUGGAUGAGGUGAAUCUCUACUCUGCAGGGACAGCAUUGUUGGAACAAAACCUGCACACACUAGACAGCCUACGGGUGUUUAAUGACAAGAGUCCUGAGGAGGUGUUCAUGGAGAUCCGGAAGCCUCUCGAAUGGGACUGUAAACAAAUGGACCAUUUUGUGGGCCUCAACUUCAAUUCCAACUUUAAUUUUGCUCUAGUGGGCCAUCUCCUGAAAGGUUACAGACACCCGUCAUCUGCCACGGUAGCCAGGACUGUGCGCGUCCUUCACACACUCUUGGGUCUUGUGGGUAAACACCGCAACUGUGACAAGUUUGAAGUGAACACUCAGAGCGUGGCCUACCUGGCAGCUUUGCUCACGGUCUCGGAGGAGGUCCGCAGCCGUUGCAGUCUCAAGCACAGGAAGUCUUUGCUGCUCUCAGAUGUUGCCAUGGAGAACUUCCCUGUGGACACACAUUCAGUUUACCAUCCUGAGACUGGAUGCAGGCCGCUCAAGGAGAGUCAGCCGUGGACCUCGCCCAAGGUGUCUGAGCGUUAUCUGGCGGCGUACUACCCGGCGGCAGGCCAGACCAGCCCCCGCACACGCAAGUCCAUGAGCGUGGACAUGGGGCAGCCUUCACAGGCCAACGCCAAGAAACUGCUGGGCACCCGGAAGAGUUUUGACCAUUUGAUAUCUGACUCCAAAGCACCAAAAAGGCCAGAGAUGGAGUCAGGCAUCACCACUCCUCCCAAGAUACGGCGCGUGGCUGAGAAUGACUAUGACAUUGAGACCCAGCGGCUAGCCAACUCCCACCUGCGCAAGGUCUCUGUGUCCGAGUCCAAUGUGCUGCUUGACGAGGAGGUGCUCACUGACCCAAAGAUCCAGACCCUCCUCCUCACUGUGCUGGCCACUCAAGUGAAGUACUCCACUGAUGAAUUUCACCAGCGGAUCCUGUACGAGUAUUUGGCAGAAGCGAGUGUGGUCUUCCCAAAGGUGUUCCCAGUGGUGCACAAUCUGUUGGACUCCAAGAUCAGCACCUUGCUGUCCAUGUGCCAGGACCCCAACCUCCUCAACCCCGUGCACAGCAUUGUUCAGAGCGUGGUGUACCACGAGGAGUCUCCGCCGCAGUACCAGCCCUCCUGUCUGCAGAGCUUUGGUUUUAAUGGACUCUGGCGGUUUGCCGGCCCCUUCUCUAAGCAAACCCAAAUCCCAGAUUACGCCGAGCUGGUGGUGAAGUUUCUGGAUGCUCUGAUUGACACCUACCUUCCGGGUAUUGAAGAAGAAGGAGGGGAGGAGUCCCAGCGAACGCCCACCUCUCCGUACCCGCCCAGUGUUCAGAGCCAGCUCAGCAUCACGGCCAACCUCAACCUGUCCAACUCCAUGACCUCACUAGCGACCUCGCAGCACUCACCAGAAGGCCCUGUAGUUUAUAGACGGUCCCCGACUUUGUCCUAUGCCAGGACAGCAGAAGAGAUGCCACCGAAAACUGCUGCCUCUCUGCCUUGCUCUAAGUCGGCUGCGUUUCCACCACACCUCGGCCUUCCAGGUAUCGAUAAGGAGAAUGUGGAGCUGUCGCCGACCACGAGCCUGUGCGGCAGCGGACGAGCCAGGCACGGCUCGGCCAGCCAGGUGCAGAAGCAGCGCAGCGCGGGCAGCUUCAAGCGCGCCAGCAUCAAGAAGAUCGUCUGAGCGGGCAUGACCGCAGUGACUCCGCCCCUUCUCCACACGCCAUGUGCCCGCUGCUCUGUCUCCCAGCCUGAGAAGGUUCCCCGCGGAGAAGAACCGCUUUUAGUUCCAGCUUAAAUUUCUUGUUUGUUGCGGAAACCUUGGAAAGGAAACGCCAGAGUCCCGUUUCCCCCCCCCCCCCCGUACGUUUGCAUGUGUGCAACGGUGAGCGGUGAGACUGAGCUGAGCUUGCCCUGAAACUCUCAGCGCCUGCGGUUCGAGGUUGACCCGAGGUGACGCUUUGACAGCUGCGCGACGAAAAAGACUCUGCAAACCUGAACACGUCCGUGGUUCGCACUCUUUUCUCUGCCAGCUUCCGGCUCCCACUGUGAAGGUCAGGGGGGUCGGAGGGAUGCCACGCGGUUAGACACUGUCUGCUACUGGAAUCAUCAGCACCAGCAGGUGAUGACACACACAAUACAACAAGGCAUUGAAAGGAAUUUGAGAUUGUGAGAGUGAACAGUAAAGACCUAAUGUAUGUAAAAGCAGGGACUGACUAACAACCACUACAACUCCUGACCAAAACUGACUGUGGAUAAAGAUGGCCUCAGAAUCAGGACUGACCUGAAUACAGUUGUCCCGGAUAGGUUCUGGGAAGUGAAUCAGCGGGUCAUUGGAGAACCCGAUAUCCACAGGCUGGACUGAGAUCGGAUGUCAUUCUGAUACCGAGCAGAUGUAUAUAUGCAGGUGAUGACGACGGUGGUGGUGGUGGUGGUGGUAAUCACACAUUUUGGGUUGCUGUUUUGUCUAUUGUGUGCCUUUUUGUCAAGAUUAUCAGCUGUGUAUAGUUUGUAAGAUAAGAUGAGGAAGGGAGAAAAACAGGUACUAUUAUAGAGAAAUGUUCUUUACAUAUACAUAUGUCUAUACAUUGCUGCACUGUCUUAAAAAAAGGUAUCCUAUGAACUUCAAAUAUAUAAGUAUCAUUACUUGAUGCAUUUACUGUAGAUAUUUAUUCUGUGAAGGUAAAUGACUCAAAAUUUAAUUGAAGGUAUCUCUUAUAAUCACUGUUUAUUGUCUUAUAACCAUGUCAUUCAAAUAUCACAAUAAUACUGACAGAUUUCUAUGAUGACAAUUGAGAGCUUUUGGUGGGAUUGAGGUUGGAGUCAUAGUAGUGAUGACACCAGUAAUAUCAAAUUAUUUCAGUUUAUAUGCAUUUAUAUGGUAUUUUGUCGGUUUAAUAUGUGUCUAAAGGCGCAAGUAUAGACAAAGUGGUAUUUGUGUGCAGCAUUGCUGAAUGUUACUGUAUUGUCACAAAGCACAUGGCAAAGCCAAUGGUAUAGGAAAUCAAAUUCCUGUAUGCCCAGAGGGAGGCAUAGUAACAUUGCAUAAAAGGGUACAUCACAGUAAAGAGGCAAGUUAGGAUGUGAGUUUGGGUGGAGGAUGCCAACAUUUGUUCUUUUGUGACCAUGUAUAGGUUUACCAUGUUUAUGUGCAUUAAUAACUUUUUUUCUCUUGUUUUUGAUGCUAUUUGUAAGUUAGGGUUUUUGCUUGCAUGUACUUGCUGCAUGCUGCUUUAUGUCCCCACACUAUGGAAACAAAUUUGCUGUUUAUUUACAUUUUCCACAAAAUGCCACUACAGUGGGGGCUCCGUAUAAUGGUCCUGACAUUUUUGCUGAUUAUGUGCAAUAUUCCCCAAUCUGUUCUUUAUUUGCCCACUUUUUCCCUAAGAAGAAAAGGUGAAAAUGAUUGCUGUAGAGCACUGUAUCUGUGAUGACUAAUCUAAGAAGUUAGGUUUUAUAAACUAGCACUACAAAAGAACACCUAUCAAUUGCAUAGAACAUUACAUUUACAUGAAAAAAUCAGCUAUAAUAUUUAGGUUGUUUUUUUGUUUUUUGUUUUUUUCUUCAACCACUAUAUGCUAUCUUUUAACCACUCUAUCUCUUAAGAAUGAAUUACCUUAAAAGGUUCAUGUACGUUAGUUGGUUCAUGGUGGUCCUAUAAUCAAGUAGCAAUGUCUAAUGGUUUGCUCUUGGAAAUGGGACCAAAUCUGUCUAGCCUUAAUUUGGUCAGUUUGUCAUCUUCAUUAUUUUAAUAUCUGUUACUGUACCCUAUUGUUUAACUGCAGGUUUAUUAUAGUAUUUAUAGUCUUUAUUGAUGGUUUUGCAGAGAUGUUGUCUUGCUUAUGUUGGCAGUUUGGCAGGAUUCUGAUACUCUAAACAUUCUGAUACUCUAAAUGCAAAAGGACAAGUUACCGAGCAGUUUUUAAUAAGGUUAGAAACAUUUUUUUUAAAACACCUCUACUCUGUGAACUGAGGUAGGUAAGGAUAUUUCUAAUAUCCAAGUUGAUAUUCUGUCUCAGUCUUUUUUUCAGUUACGCAUUCAUAUAUUCCAUACACUGAAGGUAAGGUACACAGCUAAAUUUAAUUACUGUUCUCAGGAUAUACAGUAGUAAUAUCUGAAGCUAUUGAUGUGGGUACAGCCUGCACAGCAGUUUAUUAGGAGCAUGCUUGUCUGCAUUAUGACGAGAUGAUGUCUUGCUCAUUUUUCUUUGCAAUUUGUGGUUAAGGAACACUGCAUUUAUUUUAUAAUAGAAAACUGCAUUGGUCUGAAGCAUUUAUCACAUUUAAUUGCACCAAUCAUCUGUAAACAGCACAUUUGUCAUCUGUAAAUAUUUUUGUGUAAAAUUGGAAGUUAUGAUUGUAAAUAUGACAUUGUAUUGCUUUUUUUUUUGUAAAGCAGUUAGUUGCUGUACAUGUAUAACAUGAUUUAAUUAUACUUGUGUUCAUAAUAAAAGUUGUUCACUACCCUGUCA